AUGGCGGAUAAGAGGUGCUUUGAAGCAGUAGAUCGAAGCCUUCGUCCCAUUAUGAAAAGCGUUGCAGAUGAAUGUUCGUCGAAACUGUUUGGAGGAAUAACUACUGUCCUCUGUGGUGAUUUUAGACAAAUUUUGCCAGUUAUUCCUAAGGGUGAUGGGGAGGACGCUAUUGAGGCUUCCAUUAAGACUUCAUACCUUUGGGACAUUCGUGAAGUACAUUCAUUGAAGCAAAAUAUGCGGUUGAAGUCAAGAAACAUGAAUUCCUCCACGACAAUGGAAAAAGAAAGCUUCGCUCAGUGGAUCCUUGACAAUGAUCUGAUGAUCCAUUCAAGUUCAGAUGGUGUUCGAGCUAUUGUCAGAAGCACCUACGCAGAUUUGUUGGAUCAUAUUGGAGACUCCAAUUAUCGGCAGGCUAUUCUAGCUCAUAAGAAUGAAACUGUAGAGCAAAUCAAUGACUACAUAAUGGGAAUGCAACGUGGUGAAGAGAAGACCUACCUAUCAUCUGAUACUAUUUGCAAAGCCGACUUCCAAUUGGAGGAUGAAGAUCUCCUCUAUCCAGCAGAAUUCUUGAACACAUUUUCCAGGAUUUCCAAACCAUGUACUGAGACUAAAAAUGGGUGCUCCGGUGAUGCUUCUUAG